GCGAUGCGUCGCGCCCCGACUCGCGCUCGCCGCACGCAGCCCUCGGCCUCCCCUCCUGCGUUCGCAUGUCGGACGCCGCGUUCGGGACCGUCACGAGCGCGUACACGAUCGGUGGGCUCGUCGGGAGCUUGGGAGCGGGCAGCAUGAUCGAGCGGUGGGGCAGGAAGGGCACGGCGGUCAGGAGCGCGCUCGUCAUCAUGCUCGGAGCAAGCGCGGUAUCGUUCGGCUCGUCUCUGCUCGUCUUGGUCCUCGGGCGGGUCCUCGUCGGCAUCUCGUGCGGCAUCGCCACCGUCCUCGUCCCGCUCUACCUGAGCAGUGUCGCCCCACCUUCCAUCGCCGGCAACAUCGGCAUCCUCACCCAGAUCUCGAUCAAUGUCGGCAUCUUUGCGGCCCAGGGCUUCUCCAUUCCGCUGUCGACGCCCGACACGGGUCGAUGGCGCUUCGUCUCGCUCAUCUCGAUCGCGGUCGCGGCUGUUCAGAUUUUGACGAGCCCGCUCGUGCCCGAGAGCCGGGCAACGGACUCGGUCGAUACUCGAGGGUACGAGGCCAUCAGCGACGAGGAGCGCACACCGCUCGCCUCAGACGUCGACGCCCCUUCUCCUCGGCGCAAGGACGACGACCCCGAGCGCUCCCUCUCGGUCCUUGACGUCCUGCGCUCGUCCGACCCGGCUGUACGCAAAGCCCUGUGGACGCUCGUCGCCGUCAUGCUCUUCCAGCAGUUCUCCGGCAUCAACGCGGUCAUGUACUACAGCACCAAGAUCCUCACCGCCGUCAACCCUGGUAGCGCCAAGAUGGUGUCGCUCUACGUCACGCUCGUCAACCUCGUCAUGACCUUCCCGGCCAUCUUCCUCAUCGACCGCCUCGGCCGUCGCUCCCUCCUCCUCGUCUCGCUGUCGGCCAUGUCGCUCUCGACGGCCGUCCUCGGGUGGGCCAUCAACACCGAGCACUUUGUCGUCGCGUCGACGGGCAUCAUUGCCUUUGUCGUCAGCUUUGCGGUCGGGCUCGGGCCCGUGCCGUUUGUGCUCGUCGGCGAGCUGCCGCCCAAAGAGGCAAGCUCGGCAACCGCCUCGAUCGCUGUCGCCGUCAACUGGCUCAGCAACCUCGCCGUCGGGAUCGGGUUCCUCCCCCUGCGCGACUGGCUCGCCGGCUCGAGCGACAAGAGAGGGAGCGUCUUCUUCCUCUUUACGGCCCUCACGGCGCUCGGCGUCGUUGUAGUCUCGCGCCUCGUGCGGUAACCUCGACGGCCUUUUUGUCUC